AGGGGAGCAGGAUGGCCUGGCGUUGGCGUCCGUGCUCGACUGGCUCUCUCCGCCUGGAAGAUGGAACCUGCGGUGUUGCCCGGCGAGGUGCUCAUGAGCCAGGCCAUCCAGCCCGCGCACGCGGACUCCCGCGGCGAGCUGAGUGCUGGGCAGCUGCUCAAGUGGAUGGACACCACCGCCUGCCUGGCGGCUGAAAAGCAUGCUGGGAUGUCCUGCGUCACAGCCUCCCUGGAUGACGUUCUGUUUGAGGACACAGCCAGAAUUGGGCACAUCAUCACCAUCAGAGCAAAAGUCACUAGAGCGUUCAGCACAAGCAUGGAGAUCAGCAUCAAGGUCAUAGUACAGGACAAGUUCACUGGCACCGAGAAGCUCCUCUGUGUGGCUUUCUCAACGUUUGUAGCUAAACCAGUUGGAAAAGAAAAGGUCCUUUUAAAACCUGUCGUGCUUCAAACGGAGCAAGAGCGUGUAGAGCAUGACCUGGCAUCGGAGAGAAGGAAAGUCCGGUUACAGCACGAGAACACCUUCAACAGCAUUAUGAAAGAAAGCGGCCGCCUCCACGAUCCCGUUUGUAAUGAAGAAGGAACAGCCACCACCAAGGCCACCUCUGUUCAGAGCAUUGAACUUGUCCUCCCGCCCCACGCAAACCAUCAUGGAAAUACAUUUGGCGGACAGAUUAUGGCAUGGAUGGAGACUGUGGCAACCAUUUCUGCAAGCCGCCUGUGUCACGGGCAUCCCUUUCUCAAGUCCGUGGAUAUGUUUAAGUUCCGGGGACCAUCCACAGUUGGAGACCGCCUUGUCUUCAGUGCCAUAGUCAACAACACAUUUCAGAACAGUGUGGAAGUUGGAGUGCGUGUUGAGGCCUUUGACUGUCAGGAGUGGGCCGAGGGCCGAGGCCGCCACAUCAACAGCGCUUUUCUCAUUUACAAUGCUGUUGAUGACCAGGAGGAACUCAUCACCUUCCCCAGAAUCCAACCCAUUUCAAAGGACGAUUUUCGACGCUAUCAGGGAGCCAUUGCACGAAGGAGAAUUCGCCUAGGCAGGAAAUACGUUAUUUCCCACAAGACAGAAGUUACUCUCAGCACACCGUGGGAUACCAGCAAAAAGGGUUCCCUAAGUAACACCAAUGUGGAGGCUCUCAGAAAUCUGGCAUCCAAAAGCGGUUGGGAGAUUACCACCACCUUGGACAAGAUAAAAAUAUAUACCAUGGAAGAGCAAGAUGGCAUAUCUGUUAAGGUUGAAAAGUAUGUUAGCAGCCCAGCACACACGGCUUUCCAUCUCCUGUCCGACUUUACAAAGCGGCCUUUGUGGGACCCCCAUUACAUAUCCUGUGAAGUCAUAGACCAGGUGAGUGAGGAUGACCAGAUAUAUUACAUCACCUGCUCAGUGGUCAAUGGAGACAAACCCAAGGACUUUGUCGUGCUUGUGUCACGAAGAAAGCCUCUCAAAGAUGAUAACACCUACAUCGUGGCCGUGAAGUCGGUUACCCUGCCGUCCGUCCCACCAUCUCCACAGCACACCAGAAGUGAGGUCAUAUGUGCUGGGUUCCUCAUCCAGGCUGUGGACAGCAGUUCAUGCACCGUAGCAUACCUAAACCAGAUGUCAGACAGCGUCCUCCCUUUCUUUGCUGGCAAUAUUGGUGGCUGGUCAAAAUCCAUCGAGGAAGCUGCAGCCUCUUGUAUAAAAUUUGUAGAGAAUGCCGCCGCUCAUGAUGGACUUAAAAGUGUGUUAUGAUUGGUCAAGUCUCAAUUACCUGUAAUUUAAUUCCCCAGGUUUAAUUCCAAGUAUCCUUAGCCCUUUCAUUUGGCAAGUGUUGGGGCCAUAAAAUGAUUUCAUAUCAGCCUAAGAAAAACAGUUA